UGUGGUCGCAAUAGGGCUUGCAGACUCCACAAACAGCGCGCGCACAGAAACGAGCACAGCGAGACGCGCAAAGGGGAGGAAAAUUUCAAAAUCUGUUUGUCCCCUUGUUGCCUCUCACAGCCUCCGGCAGGCUCAUGGAGAGCGGAGCCCUGCUUGUCCGAACUGCGGGCAGGUUGAUCGGAUGCCUUUCACCACAGCAGCGCCGUUAGAUGUUCUUCAUUCGGGAUUAAUUGGCUGAGCAAUGGCUCCCAAGCAUGCGCUCAUUUCCAGAGGCGCCAGCGGUGGCCCCGAGGUCGGAGGGGUAAAUGACAAUACAGAAGACCCCCGCUCCUCUUCCUCCACGACGGCAUGGAUUCUGGAUCCAGGGAUGGUGACCGUCCGCUCGCUAAGGAACGGGAUGAGGACGCGGGCGCUGGAUGGGAUGCUGGCCCGGUGGUUUGUGACCCUCAGCGCGGUGCUGAUGCUGAUGAUGCAGAGCUCCUUUGCCGCUGACGCAGCUGAUGGAGGUCAUUAUGAGUCAAUUCGAUGGGCUGACGCCCCUCUGGACCCUGUAGUGCCCACCAACCUCACAGCAACUCCUGGGUUUAAAGACAAAGAUGGGUCUGUUGCUGGCCCUGAUGCUGAACUUGGACCUUGGCCUGAAGGUAAAGUGCUUGCUGAAUCGAGAACAGCAGCCUGGAUGGAAACAGAAGCAGGAAUGCAUGCCGAAGCAGGUGGCAAAGUGUUUGAAAAAGAAACUGAUGUCCUGAGGGGAACUGGUGCUUGGGCUGAAGCAGGCUGGAGGCUUGUGGACACCAAGGGAAGUGACCUGCCGAGCAAGCCUGAAGACUCAGCCCCCUGGAUGGGGCAGGAGUGGCUGCAGAUGGGUGGAGAGGUUCAAAGAGAGCAGGCAGCCUUCUCAUCAUUCCAUACCAUGCUGACAGAAACAGCAGAACUGCAGGCACCAGCAGCUGUAAAACCUUUAGGGCUGCUGUCUAAAGCUGCUUGGUCUAAAAGGUCAUCAUCAACUUCCAAGGCCUCAUUCUCCUCUGUGACAAAAGCUGCCCCUUUGACCCCCUCCUCCUCUUCCUCCACCUCUCCAGCCAGUAAAGACUCUGUGAAUCCGACAGCAGGACCAACCAACAUAUCUAUGGUUGUUGUCAACAAUAAUUCCUCCAGCAACAGCAGCAUAGACGACUCAGUGAGCAACUUACCAGCCUGGGAUCUUCCCACUGUUCCCGAAUCACUUCUGUCCACAGUGGGCGACCAUGAUGUCACACUUCCUGCCAACGUCACCAGCCCUUUCUCCACCCACCAGUGGAACACAACCAUGGCUGUGCGCACUAGAAACACCUUACAGCAUCCAACCGCAUCAGCCACCACCAUAAAAACGUCCCCUUCACCAACCAUUACUUCAGUCUUACCGUUUUCCACCACAACAAGAAUGCAAACGUCCCCAGAAACCACUACCAUUUCACAGAACACUAGCCAGGACACUGUGACUGUUGACAACCUUCAGCUGACAACAGUAACUACGACAACACCUUCAACGACCACUCUUGCUGUUAUCAACACAGAGGUGAUGACACAGGUGCCAACCAAUGGGAGUGCUGCGACGUCACCACCAAACACUACAGCAGCUACAACCACCGAAGAAACCACAAGCCUCAAAAUCCCCCCAACGACUACAACUCAACCUACAACCACCUCUACAACAACGCCUGCGCCCACCACUACCACCACCACCGUCCCCCCAACCACCACCACCACCACUACCACCACCACCACCACCACUCCAGCUCCCACCACUACCACGACUGUACCUACAACCACUUCUACUACAACCACAACUACCACCACCACAACAAAGGCACCUACCACCACUGUGUUCAUCCCGGUCCAAACUAUGCCACCUCCAACCACAACCACCCAACCUCCAUCCACCACCAGCAUCGAGGAGAUUCCUCUACCUUGCAACGUGACUGAGAAGUUUUGGGUCAGAACAGUUUUGUCUAUCGAGCUGCGCAGAAAUCGUCUGGACCUGAUCCUGAAACAGAACCUCUCUAAAGGACUGAGCCACGCUCUGCAGAGAGCCCUGAAUGAUUCGGCUGCGUCCGCACAGGUGGAGCGAGACGACUGCAGCCCUCAAAACGUGACUCUGGGUUACUACGUGACCAGUGGGAAAACCGUCUACAUUUCCUCCCUGGUUGUCGAAGCGCUGAACGUUUAUGGUUUUGACAAACUGCUGUCUGACAUCAGGCAACACACCCCGCUGGUUAAGGCAGUUCUGGUUCCCGUGGCAACCUGGAUGCCCACUCUAAGUAUUCACCUGCAGCUGAAAACAGUGUUGAGGUUUGUUGGGCCGACAGACAACAUCUACUCCUGCAGUUUUGUGCAGAUGUUGGAGCAGAGGCUGGAAAAUGCCUUCGAAGAAGCUCAGGAUAAAGUGCUGGAGACCUACAACAGACUCACUGUGGAGAUCCAGAGUGUGUCCCAGGAGCCAGGCUCUCCUUCAGUUGCUCUGGUAUAUGUGGUGAAAAACCAGGAUGCCAUUCUUAACGGGACGAUAUCCAGUGGGCUCCUCAACCAGCUGACUGCAGAACUGGUGGGAUACUUCCUGUUCUAUCCUCCCCUGAUCAUCGCUGAGCCUCUUGAAUACCAUAAUCUCAACACAUCCACAGUAACCAAGAACUACUGGGUGAUAACAGUGAUCCAGGAUGUAGACAGCUCCUCCCUGGAGGCAAACUACCAGAGCUUUGCCAGUCUUAUGGAGCAGCGGCUGGCUGAGCUCUUCCUAGUUGCUGGCAGGCAGGGCUCUCAGACGGCAAGAUCUCGGCGGGCCACCACUGUGGGCGGCUACACCGUACAGAUGGUGAGCAUACGUCGACUUCCAGGUCCCAAGAACCCGGCAGAAAUGACCUACUACGCCCAGCUGAAUGGAGCACCCAUCUCUGGGACCACAGCAGCCAAGACGCUCAGCGGUCUGGAUUCUCAGACUAUGGCACUAACGCUGGGUUACUUUGUACAAGUGCAGGCCGAACCUGUGGUGAAGACACCGCCCAGCAACCUGUGGAUCAUGGCUGUUCUGACACCUCUCUUCUUAUUGGUGGUGGUGAUUGGGAUGGUAGCCUUCAUCCUGUGUAAGAGGAACAGGGUCAUUUUUAAGACUGGCGCCUUCAGGACCUUUAAAACCCGCUCUAAGACUUCAUAUCGAAGGGAGGGCAGUUAUCACCACCAGCCUGUUCAGGGGUUUGACUAUGCCAAGAAGCACAUGGGCCGCACCGGUGACGAGGCCGUCUCCGUCACAAAGGAGACACUGGUUUUGGGGCUGCCUGUACGAGAUGCUCCCCUGUCUCUGUCGUUAGAUAAGAAGAUUCUGCAGGAUGGGGCGGCAAGUAAGAGGCCUCCAUCUGCUGAUCUACACAAAGGAGGGCGGUUGCCAAGUGAGGAGGAUGGCUCAGUGUCGAGUAACGGCUCCGGGAAGCUGAACACCAGUAAGAGCUCCUCGGCCCGAAGGACUACGACUGGCAGCAGCUGCAAGAACGCCAAGGAGGAGCUGCACAAGAGGGGCACCAAUGACCCGUAUGAAGAACAUUCAGGAUCUCUGCGUCUCAUCACCAUUAAGCCCAUGACAGCCCAGCCAACCUACUCUUAUCCCUCCUCUUCCUCACACAGCCAGGACUCUGUAGCUGUCAACGGAGAGGUGAACCAUGUUGGGCUGAAGCAGAAGUCGGACAUCGAGCACUACAGGAACAAACUGCGUCAGAAGGCCAGGAGAAAAGGCUAUGGAGAGUUCUCGUUAUCCGAAAGCCUCAACCACGGUUACAGACACCGUGACUCCAGACACAAUCGGCACGACAACGGGAUCAAAAAAGCAAUGACUGCUGAGGAGAAGAGGGCUUCCUUUGCAGGAUGUCAUAAGAGGUACUCCCACCCACGAGAGCCUACCUACUGGAGCCGGCAGUCUCUGAGCAGCCCCAGCCCGGUGGAGACGGAGAUGGACCUGCUGGUGCUCAGGGAGAGAUCCAGGAGGGGCAUCCGCAAUAACGGCUAUGAUGGUGAACCAGAGCCGUUUGAGGAAACGAACGUGGACCGUCUGAUGAGCUCUCUUGGUUACGGAGGCGGAUCCACUGGAACUGGGAACAGCAGUUUAGGGGUGAAAGCUCAUCGCGGAUCCGACUCCUCCACACUCAGCUCACAGCCAUCCAUUGACGAGGUCCGCACGCAGAUGCACAUGUUGCUAGGCAACGCUUUCAGCCUGGCGCCUCCGGACCACGACCCCCCUUCCCCUCCAUCCAACCACCACCAUCACCACCAUCACGCUCACAGCGCCUACAACCCGUCCCAUACCAGCCACUACAGUGACGGGGUGACCAGCGCCCCGGGCACCAUGAACCACCCCUGUGGAGGCAGGCAAAGGAGUGCAGGCUACGAGGACAUGCACCAAUGUAGCCUACCUAAACCAGGUUUCCGCUUCACCCAGCUUCCAGAUAUGGGCAUUGGUUCUCCCCCACCGUUAAUCCCCUCCAGACCAGGACCACCACCUGGGACUGUGCUACAACGCUCCACCCCUGAUGUUAGUUUGAAGCCUCGUGUGUCGGAGGCCUCAGAACUGCAGGCCCAACAGCACAAUGGUGCCCCUUACCUGCCGCUCUCCAGGACGCCCUUCCCUGCCGUCACCGUCGACCAGUCCAUCACCACCUACUCAGGAAACCCAAUAACAGCAGUCUACGCUAUAUCAGCCAACCGCCCAGGCUACUCAGAUUACUUUGUCAUGUCGCCACCAUCCUCGUACCGAAGUCCGUCCUGGAUGUCCUACCCACCUGAACCUGAAGACCUGCCACGCCAGUGGAAUGACACACCUAACUCCCGUCACCUCGAGACCAUCUGCUGAAGUCGACAUUCUGCAAAACUGAGUGGGAACACUCAGUAAGCUGGUGUGUCUCUGGCCGGGCAGACAACCACCCUUCCUUUCAACACUCUCUGGAGCUCCCGUAUCACUCUCACCUCCUCUCCAGCUCCGCUUCCUUCUGCUGUCUGGCCUCCACCUCGUCUGCAGCUCAGAGCAUUUUUUGUCUCCUCUGCUUCAUAAUCCUCCUCUCCUCCUCAGAGCUCCUUUUUUCCCCCAAUCUUCUUACCUAUGAGAUAUUUAGCCAUAAUUUUCUCUCCCUCUGUAUUCUGAGCCCCUGGCCUCUCUGGUCCAUUCUGGCCCCUUCAGGCCUUUAGUCUCAAUCUCCAUGUGGACUGCCUCUCCUGUGGUGACCGCCACUGUACAGCCAGAGGCCCCUCACACUGCUGAACUGAGCUGAGCUGAGCCGAGCUGGUCUCUCCUGCAGUUUGGAUGAACAGGGUGAGUACAGCACACAGUGCAGCGAGCUCUCUGCUCCAGCAGUCAUCUUGCAGAAACUGCCAUCUGCUUUGCACACGAUGACACGCAGUUACAGUGGAGCCCCAGCCAUGCCCAGUAGUCUACUUCUCUUCUGGACUGGGCCAUCCUGGACUUGUCCCUUCAGCCCACCAUGAAGCCAGGAAAGCUGGACUGACUUAAAACUGUGCUUUUCUUUCUUUUUUUUCUUUUUUUUUGUUUUGUUUUGUUUUGAUGAAUCCAAAUUCUUAUGUAAACCUACAGCUGGUAAAUAUGUGUAUUUUAAACUUGAGUGAGGGAAAAAAAAAUAAGAAAAAAAAAAAUCUCGUCUUGAGCCGUCUCAAUUUCAGUUUUUGGAUAUUUGUGUGCUUUUGUCUUUUUAUUUUUGUGCAUUGAUAAUUAUCAAUGGAUUACUGUAUAAAAAAAGACAGUGAGCGCUUCUUUCUCACUCACAUUUCAAGGCAAAAACAAAAAAGUUCUUUGAAGCAGAGAAAUCAGCAGCUUAGAUGUCUGUAGUUAUGACAUUUCUAUACUUUUAGAAAAAGACUUCGUUUGAACUUUUUCCUUCAUCAGAUUUAGUGAAAACGAGAAUUUGUCACUUUGUUCUGUCGAUCAUCUGAUUAUGAAGUUUUUGUCUGAUCAUUAGGCGGACCCGAGUCAAACGUACGAACUGAAAUCCUGCUCGCGUUCUGUCAUUUUUUGUAGCGACACCGAACGGAUCAGAACUUCACAACAAGAGGAGCUGCAUUAGAAGAGAUUUCCGCUCGGGUUUGACUCUGGUCUCAUGUGAAUCUCCAGUAUUCUUAGAGAAACAAUUGUUUCACUUGAAAAGGUGUCUACUGUAUUCUACUGUAUAAAAACAAUGACUUUUUGUUAUUCUUGUCUUGAUGACAGCAGGACUGAUAUUUGGUCACUGGACUCUGAUGAAGUACUGUUCAAGGGACUCGCUGGGCUCAGGGGAGCCAUGUAUGUAAACGACUACAUGUAUUACUGUACAUAGCAGAUGAUUUAAUGAAGAGAUUUAUGCAAGUACUGUGGGAAGGAAACUUUGCUUGACAUUAUUCUGAUGUCAUUUCUUCUUUUCUUUCUUGGUGUUAAUGAUGAACGGUCAGGCUGAUUUAGUAACGUUUGACUUUUUGAAGGAUGUAAACAUUUCAGCAUCAUUUUGGUGUUUAAUGACAUCACCAACGUAACAAAAUGAGUUAACAGUGAAGCGUAGCAAGUUGCCACUAAUGUAACGUAUUGACAAUAUUCAUAAUGUUCCGACAACGCUAAUAGCCAUAAAUUGUGGGAGUAAUGCAAUUUUUUAAAACAUAGAAAGUCAUCUAAAAUUUAUUUCACCUCAUUUUUACUGAGGAAAACUGGGAUUCUGUGAGCACACUGUAUUUAAGGCUUCUCAUCAUUUAGAUGGUAGUAAAAGGAGAUAAUAGCCAUAUAUUAAUGUCAGCUAAAGGAAAUUCUACAAGGCUAUAUUUGACGCAGUGAGGCACAAAACUGUUAAUGGAGAUAUAAAUGUAAAAAUAGGGAAAGUAACUUUGAGCACUUUUUAUUUAAAAAAAUUAAAGAAAAGCUUGACAGAAAAGAGACGAUCCAAAGCAAAACUUAACGCUGUUUCCCAAGAAUCUGCAUAACUGCUCAGAUACGUUUUACGCCUGACGAUGGAAAUUAUUUGGGGUUAUAGCUUACUGCAGCUUUCUGGGACCAGAUGACGCUGUAGCCGCCAUUAAUGACACCAGAUUGACCUGAGAAGCAGUGUAAUUAUACAGAAAGAUGCACAAUAGCCUUGAAGAUGAUUUAAUCCCAGAAUGCUCGCUGCAGGCUAUUUGUCUCUCCUUAUUUACAUAUUUCUGGUGAAGACACAAAAGUGGUUCCCAAAACAGCAAGAGCUUUUCUUUUUUUAAUCUGUUACUGGUGUGCAAGACACACCAUUUUAUGUUUGACAGUUUUAGGCUAAAAACUGUUUGGAGAAUAUUUUCAGGCUGUUUUUGUGGCUUGUUUUGCUCUCCUUACCUUAUUAUCUUCAAAAUCCUGGUUAUGGCCUUUUCUUACAUUUACAGCUGAAAAUGCAAAUCUCUAAAAUAAACAUUUUAUGAAUACAAGCGCACGUGUGCAGGAAUUGGGGCAGACCGGCCGUUGAAUUCUUCCUCCCUUUCUGAAUGUAGGCAUGAUAAAUAGUUGAUGUGGAUAUUGACGUCAAGGAAAGUAAAUAUGUGAGAUGGCGAUACAUCAGUGUCAUUAGCAGUGCUGUCUGUGUUUUCAACCAUCAGGAUCUUUACUGGAGAUCUGCGACUGCCAUCAUAUAUUUAAACCAUCCUCGUUGUACAGAUCCAUGUGUGAUUGAAGAGAAAACAUUCCUUUUUUAAAUUUUUUUUAUUUUUAAUUUGACUUCAUGGUAAAGAGUGGGGUGGGGGCUGGUUUGUAAACCAGUAAUCUAAAGGAGAUUUGAAGCUAAGCUAGAAGUUGAUGUGCUAUGUUUCUGCUUUACAAGGGUAGCGGCGAGAUGCAUUUAUUGACAGCGGUCUUUGAGAUGGACGAUGUAUAUUUUUUCUGCUGUUAGAGCUAUGCCAUGAUGCUGUGACUUUAUGGCGGCACUGAUGAUGUCACAUUGUCGUCACUUGGGUGUUGAUGAAGUCACAGUGACAAACUGAAUGCUGUUGGAUGUAGUUAUGCAGAAAAUUUUUGGUGGAUUUAAACAAUAAAUACAAAUUACAGUUCUCAAA